UGGCCUCCGUCGUCAUCAUCUGUACGCACGGCGGCGACAGGAGCUUCUGAAUCGGCACGGACGGGUUUCCCAGCGCUGUUCUCUCUCCAUUCUGAGAAAAAUAAACAGCAACUGAGAGCAGAAAACACCGGCGACUUCCUUCAGACGAAAGUCCUCCUGGAAACUCCGAUGGAUUAAUCUUGAUUUUUCUGCGAAAGUAGAGGAUGGGCUGCGUCCAAUGUAAGGAUAAAGAAGCAGCAAAACUCACUGAUGACCGGGAGACCAGCCUCUCACACAACUCGGGGUACCGCUAUGGGUCCGACCCCACGCCGCAGCACUACCCCAGCUUCGGGGUCACCGCCAUCCCCAACUACAACAACUUCCACAGCGGCGCCACGCAGGGGGUGACCGUGUUCGGGGGGGUCCACACGUCCUCGCAGUCUGGGACGCUUCGGUCUCGGGGCGGAACAGGAGUGACUCUGUUUGUGGCUCUUUAUGACUACGAAGCCAGGACCGAGGAUGACCUCAGCUUCCGGAAGGGGGAGAGGUUCCAGAUCCUCAACAGCACCGAGGGAGACUGGUGGGAGGCUCGUUCUCUCACUACCGGUGGGUCUGGUUACAUUCCCAGCAAUUAUGUUGCUCCAGUGGACUCGAUCCAAGCUGAGGACUGGUACUUUGGUAAAUUAGGCCGAAAGGACGCAGAGAGGCAACUGCUCUCCAAUGGCAACGCCAGAGGCACUUUCCUCAUCCGUGAGAGUGAAACAACCAAAGGGGCCUACUCCCUCUCCAUCCAGGACUGGGAUGACAUCAAGGGAGACCAUGUCAAACACUACAAGAUUCGCAAGCUGGACAAUGGAGGCUACUACAUCACCACCAGGGCCCAGUUUGAGACACUCCAGCAGCUAGUACAGCACUACUCUGCCAGGGCUGCGGGGCUGUGCUGCCGACUGAUCGUGCCGUGCCACAAAGGCAUGCCUCGUCUGACUGACCUGUCCGUCAAAACCAAAGACGUGUGGGAGAUCCCGCGGGAGUCGCUGCAGCUCAUCAAACGUCUCGGCAACGGCCAGUUUGGAGAAGUCUGGAUGGGCACGUGGAACGGCACCACCAAGGUGGCGGUCAAGACUCUGAAGCCUGGCACCAUGUCACCAGAGUCCUUCCUGGAGGAGGCUCAAAUUAUGAAGAAGCUCCGACAUGACAAGCUGGUGCAGCUCUAUGCCGUGGUGUCCGAAGAACCCAUUUAUAUCGUCACUGAGUACAUGAGCAAAGGGAGUUUGCUUGACUUCCUUAAAGACGGAGAAGGACGAGGCCUCAAACUGCCAAAUCUAGUGGACAUGGCAGCUCAGGUGGCAGCAGGCAUGGCAUAUAUUGAGAGGAUGAACUACAUCCACAGAGACCUGCGCUCUGCCAACAUCCUAGUCGGAGAUAGUCUGGUGUGUAAGAUUGCCGACUUUGGUCUGGCAAGGCUCAUCGAGGACAACGAAUACACAGCAAGACAAGGUGCAAAAUUUCCUAUAAAGUGGACGGCUCCUGAGGCUGCUCUCUACGGGAAAUUCACCAUUAAGUCAGACGUGUGGUCGUUUGGCAUCCUGCUGACGGAGCUGGUGACCAAGGGCAGAGUGCCCUACCCGGGCAUGAACAACCGCGAGGUGCUGGAGCAGGUGGAGCGAGGCUACCGGAUGCCGUGUCCGCAGGACUGCCCCACAUCCCUGCACGAGCUGAUGGUGCAGUGCUGGAAGAAAGACCCAGAGGAGAGGCCCACCUUCGAGUACCUGCAGGCCUUUUUGGAGGACUACUUCACUGCCACUGAGCCUCAGUACCAGCCGGGAGAUAAUCUCUGAGCACCGCUGCCUUCAUCUCAUGUCAUUUUGCUGGCUUUCCACCAGAGGGAGCCAGACUUCACCUAUUCUCUCUCAUCUUGUGGCGAUCUUAAAAAGCUCAUCGACUUACUUCUUGACUUCCAAGCUUCAUAUAAACAGGGACGGUGCAGCUGCGACUGCAAACUGACUAUCAAAUCAGCAGAGGGAGGGAGGAGACGCUGAGGUGACUGAAGAGUUAAAAAUGACUGCCAUGAAUAAAUAAGAGGAGUUGUGUCGUGUAACUUGUAUGUAGUGUAAAUAUAAAUUGCUUGUUUACUUAUCUCUUUUUUGUUUCAUUUUAUAUUACUUUUGAUAUUUUGGAAACGUGUAGAUUUUUUUUAAUCCGAGGUCAAAGUCAUUUCAGAUUUUACGGCUCGUAGAAAAACGUGUGCGGCUCACAGCUGGUAACUGAUCGUUGCAUAAUAAUUGUAGGAAUGGUAAUAGUUAGACAUCGUGGUUCGAAGUAUCUUAAGGUUUUUCUGGAAGUCCACUGACCUUUUUUUUACAAGGUUAAUAUAACAAUACCGCUCUCCUCUUCUCAAGGAACUUAGAUGUACUUUAACACCUGUUCUUGCCUUUUCAUGUUUAGUGAUAUUCUUAUAAUGUAAGAGAAUGCCUUCAUGCUUUCUACACACUAACUUAGUGGAUCAUGGACUCUUCCACCCAAAGUCGUAUGCCGUCUGCACUAAUAUUAAGAGCAUUCAUCUCAUUUCAGCUUCAGCCAAUGAUUUUUAGAUCAGCUUAAAGUAAACUUUUAGUUCCUGCUUCUCGUAGUUGAGGAGGAGACCGACUUCCUCUCCGACCACAACCAUUGACUGCUUAUUAUACUGGCAAUAUUUUAAAAUGUAUGUUGCAUUGCUGUAUGGCAGCAGGCUGUGUAAGAGUUUCUGCAUCGUCUUUUCGCUUCAGCAGCCGAACGUACAAACAAACAAACAAACUGCCACUCACACGACAGGAUGUGAAGGAUCGUACCUGUGUUUGUCCCUCCAUAAUGUGUAUCUGAAAAAUAACAUGUUGUUUAUGAGACCAAACAUGAUUAAUAACUUUGUAUUAUUUUUGCUCAACAUUUUGGCCAGUCUCACAUGUUAAGAUUACAUAAUUAUGUUUUGUUUUUGUUUUUUUCAGGGAAAUAUACAGCUCUGAAUGAUGUGGGUUUUUUUAAUCAUCCUUGAGUAUGAAAGGUCUCCCUGUGGGUGAGAAGGUUCGCUACAGGGCAGGACACCAUUUCUGUUUGUAUUUAAGUUGCGUUUCAUGGGUGGAAAAAGUGAACAAAAACUCAUUGAAUCACUUUCUUUUACCCUAAUUCUGUGGAUAUACAGGAAAUGUUUCUGGUCACUGCAUUAUUUAUUGUCUCCGUCUGUUAUGUGUACACAACUGGUUUUGAAAUAAAUAAUCUUGUCAUCAUGGU